AUGGAUAAAUCUGGUAGUGAAGCCGCUUUUGAUACCACUACAAACAAAGGAGUAGAUGGACAGAACUCCAAGUACGUUCAACUAGUGAGCAGCGAUGGUCACGAGUUCAUUGUGAAGCGAGAGUUGGCCCUCACUUCUGGUACGAUCAAGGCGAUGUUGAGUGGCCCGGGAGUCUACGCUGAGAAUGAGACCAAUGUUGUCGUCUUCCGAGAGAUUCCUUCGCACGUUCUCCAGAAAGUCUGUCAGUAUUUCACCUACAAAGUGCGUUACACUCAUGCGGCGACGGAGAUUCCAGAGUUCCAAAUCCCGGCUGAAGUUGCUCUUGAAUUACUGAUGGCAGCUAACUUCCUCGAUUGUUAG